CGAUGGCCACCAAGCCGGACGAUACGACGAUCGCAGUCGCGCCGCCCGAGGUAGCGCCGCCGCCAGCGACCUGCUCGCUGCCCUUCAUGCUGCUCCUCGCGGCGCCGCGCCUGGCGAUCCAGAUGGCGUGGGCUGCACUGUGGGCAGCGUUUGGCCCGCAGUUCGACAACUCGUUCGCGCCGUGGGCUGCGCAGCUCAUCCGCGUCCUUGGCCCUACCACUGGGCUUAUUGUCUACCCAAUGGUGAGCGUCCUCAGUGACAGUUGCCGCUCCAAGUACGGACGUCGGAGGCCGUACAUCUUGGGCGGGACGGUCGCCAGCAUCGUCGUGUGGCUGCUCAUGGUCGUCGUCUCGAGCGUCAUCCAAGAUGCCAAGGACAAGAAGGCGGCCGCCGAUAAGCUCAGCGGCGUUGCGAUCGUACUUUACUUUCUCAUGGGCGUGGCGGUCAACACGAUCCAAGCGCCGGCGGCGCUGCUCAUCGCGGACUUUGCCGGCGACCACCAAGUCACGGCGUUCAGUCUCGCGCAGGCCCUGAGCAUCAUUGGGUCGCUCCUCGUGUCUGGCUACAUCACGCUCUAUGGGCCCGCGUCCGAUGUGACGGUUCAGAUUCUCUUUAUGCUCAUUCUCGCGCUCGUCGUCACGGUGUUGCCCGUGCUCCUCUGUGUGCCCGAGACGCCGUACGUACCAGAGGUCGUCACCUCGCGGCGCCAAGAGCUCAAGCGCGGGUUUGUGGCGUUCUAUGACGGGAUCCGGUACCUUCCGCGGGUGCUCGCAGUCUACUGCGUCUGCUUCAUCCUGGCCAUGCUCGGGUACGCAUCCUACAACGGCAACAAGAACCAGUUCUUUGGCACCGUCUUCUACAACGGGAAUGCCACGGACGCCGACAAGUGCGGCGCCUUGUGCUCGGACGCGCAAAAGCGCUACAACAACGGGACGCAGUUUGCCUCGGGGACCGAAGACUACUAA